AUUUGAACUGCGAUUAGCUUGCGCGUUAAAUCCCUAAAUGGCGUUCGCUCCUGUAAAUGGCCUCAGGGGUUCUUCGUUUUCUCAUUCGGGAAAUAAAUUCAUUACUGUUUCUAAAAACAUAUCUCUAAAAGCAAUAACAUGUAGGUUAGAUAUAUCGGUUGUAUCUUGUUUUUAGCGGAUAGCACACACCGGCCGCUUCUUGCGUUCGACAGUGCAUGGCCGAAAUUGAAAGGGGCUGCGAUGGCCGUCUUUCAAAGCCAACCAGUUGAAUUCACACUUGAGGAGUUAUACAGAAAUGUUGAAGACCUCUGUUCCCAAGGAAUGCUCUCUGAGCUUUAUUCAACUUUGAGAUGUCUUCUCAAGGAAUACGUCAACGGCUUACUGACCUUUUUUCUGGAUGACAGCAUGAAGCUUACUUCUGUAGCUCAGUACUGGCAUUCGUACUGCAAGAAGAUGCUUCUUAUACGGAACAUUUUUCUCUUUAUGGAUCGCCAGUUACUUCUCGGGAGCACUCGGCAUAUGCAAAUAUGGGAUCUUGCUCUUGACCUCUUCCGAGAGUUCGUCAUAUCUCACAGUAAAGUGGAGGGUCGGAUUUUGAAACAACUGCUACACGAAAUUCACAAGGAAAGAUGUGGAAACUCUGUGGAUCGGCACUUAAUACGCUCCGUGGUUCGCAUGUUCAUUGAUUUAAAGUUGUAUGAACCAGUGUUCCUGCCUGAAUUUCUCAAACGGAGCCAGCGGUUCUAUGCCGACGAGGCUGAAUCCUUAUCCCGAAAGCUGACCGUUCCGGAUUACUUGCUCCAUGUCAAUAAACGACUGCUUGAAGAGGAAGACCGUUUAUUCACUUAUUUAGAAUUGAUUUCGACUCGCUCCUCUCUGAUCACUACGUUAGUGUCUGAGCUGUUAACUCGGAUGCUUGACUACCUGCUGGAUACUGGCCUUGUCGAAUCCCUAAAGACCGGCGAGAGGGAUCAGCUGCGGCUGUUCUACACGCUCCUGACCAAAGUUCCCCUUGGUAUCGAUAAGCUGCGCAAUCACUUUCGCCUUUACGUUCUCCAACUUGGGCGUGAUCUGGUUGAUAAUCCAACCCAAGAUGCAGAAAAAGAUCGCACGAUGAUUCAGAAUUUAAUUAAUUGUCGUGAUUAUCUCACUGAUUUAAUCACAAGUUGUUUUUCUAAUGACAGUAGUUUCAUUCGCGUGCUUCAAGAUGCUUAUGAAGAGUUCAUCAACCAACGGCCCAACAAACCUGCGGAACUCUUGGCAAAGUACCUUGAUUCUCACCUUCGAUCUGGAAACAAAGCACAAACUGAGGAAGAAUUGGACAGACUAAUGGACAAGGCUAUGAUCCUGUUUCGACAUAUUGAUGGGAAGGAUAUCUUUGAAGCGUUUUACACUAAAGAGCUAGCUAAGCGUCUUCUGUUGAACAAAAGCGCUUCAGUGGAUGCAGAAAAGUCCAUGCUGUCCAAAUUAAAACAAGAAUGCGGACCAAAUUAUACGCGCAAAAUGGAGACAAUGUUCCAAGAUAUCGAACUGAGCAGACAAUUGAGCAAAAAUUUCAGAUCCACCUCUACAAUUUCGCACCCCAUCGAACUAAGCGUCAAUGUGAUUUGUCCAGCGUCCUGGCCAGCUUACCCUCAAACAACCGCUACUUAUCCCCCAGAAAUGGUGGCUUUGCGCGAGGAGUUCACUCGAUUUUAUUUGUCUCACCACCAAGGACGCAAAUUACUGUACGAACCGUCCUUGGGAAGCUGCGUUGUCAAAGCGGAGUUUCCAGCGACCCCGAACUUGCGGAAGGAAUUACAAGUGUCAGAAUUCCAAGCCUUGGUGCUGUUACAAUUUAAUCAAGAAUCCAACACACCGGUCAGCUACGCAACAAUCUCGGAAGCCACUGGAAUCGAAGACACUGAGUUGAAGCGAACCCUCUUAUCUCUGGCCGCCGGCAAGGGCCAGCGAGUGCUUAUGAAGCACCCAUCGACUCUGGAGGUGGAUAUCGGUCACACGUUUACCUUCAACAGCGAUUUCCGACACCGCCUGACGCGCAUCAAGUUCAAUCAGAUCCAGUUAAAGGAAACUAAACAGGAACGGGAGGCUACGGAAGAACGAGUGUUCGCCGAUCGUGUUGCUCAUGUAGACUGUUGCAUAGUUCGAAUCAUGAAGACGCGAAAGACUAUCGACCACAAUGGCCUGCUGUCCGAAGUUUACAAGCAGUUGCACUUCCCACUGAAGGCGUCUGAUGUCAAAAAGCGGAUUGAAUAUCUCAUUGAGCGAGACUACAUGAAGCGCGAUACCACUAAUUCUGCUACGUACCAUUAUGUUUCCUGACACCCAAUUUCACCACCGCUGUAUAUUAUUAUGUCCUGCUUGGUUGCACCACUCCGAACUCCAUCUGGUCGCCACAUUAAUCUCCUGAUUGGUUCUGUACAUAUUCCAGGUGAUACUUAUUAUGAAGCAGUCUUAUCGGUGCUUCAUUUAUCCGUGCCUUUCAUGUACACUUAUUCGUAACGGCAUUGACUUGAUUCAUUGCACCACACGCCUCUUUUCACAGUUGUACUCCCCACUGGUUUAUCGGAUAUCACUAGUAUGCAAAUUCGCCAUUUCGUGACAUACCUCACGUGCUCGUUGAACGCGUGGGUUAGCGACUCGAUUAUCGACCAUUACUCUGAGAGAGCGGAGUCACGUAUUCCUACUCCUCGUUGGGCAAAAGGGAUGCGCACUACCAAAGGUGGCGCAGCUGUCUUUCAAU